UUCUUCUGUUUUUUGGGGGGGGGGGGGAGAGAGAGAGAGUACACAUGUAAAGCAUUGUCUUACUUUCGGUUGACUGAUUGAGCUCUCUUUCAAUUUGGCACCCUUCUUCAAGCAUUACGUGAGUGUGAAAUAACAGCAUAUACAUUCCAGUAGCCAUGGCUUCCUCUCAUUUUCUCUGCAGUCACCACCUCUACACUUCUUGUAAUGGCAAAAACCAAGUCCAUUCCUUCACAAAAGGCAAUCUAUGUCUAUCUUCUUCAUAUAGGCCACAGGGGUCAUCUUCCUUCAGUCAAAAAUUCCAAUUCCGUAGAACCCAAUUUAUCAGAGCCGGCGCUUCUGAUUCCAAAACUGGCACUAAACAAGUUGAGAUUACGUAUGACCUUGAUGAAAAGUUGAAUAAAUUAGCUGAUGAAGUGGAUAAAAAUGCUGGGCUUUCCAGGCUCACUCUGUUUUCGCCUUGCAAGAUAAAUGUUUUCUUGAGGAUAACAGGCAAGAGGGAAGAUGGGUUUCAUGAUUUGGCAUCACUCUUUCAUGUGAUUAGUCUGGGAGAUAAAAUAAAAUUCUCUUUGUCACCAUCAAAAUCUAAGGAUCGUCUGUCAACCAAUGUUUCUGGGGUUCCCCUUGAUGACAAGAAUUUGAUCAUAAAAGCCCUUAAUCUAUACAGGAAAAAGACUGGCACCGACAACUACUAUUGGAUACAUCUUGAUAAAAAAGUGCCUACUGGGGCUGGGCUUGGUGGUGGAAGCAGUAAUGCUGCAACUGCUCUGUGGGCAGCAAAUCAAUUCAGUGGUUGCCUUGCCACAGAAAAGGAACUCCAAGAAUGGUCUAGUGAGAUUGGUUCAGAUAUUCCCUUCUUUUUCUCUCACGGAGCUGCCUAUUGCACAGGUAGAGGCGAGGUGGUUGAAGAUAUCCCUCCACCUGUACCUUUCGACAUUCCAAUGGUUCUCAUGAAGCCUCCACAGGCAUGUUCUACAGCUGAAGUUUACAAGCGUCUUCGAUUGGAUCAAACUAGUAAGGUUGAUCCCUUAACCUUGCUGGAGAACAUCUCAAAGAAUGGAAUAUCUCAAGAUGCAUGCGUCAAUGAUUUGGAACCUCCUGCAUUUGAAGUCCUCCCAUCUCUAAAAAGAUUAAAACAGCGAGUAAUUGCUGCAGGCUGUGGACAAUAUGGUGCUGUUUUCAUGUCUGGGAGUGGAAGCACCAUAGUUGGCGUCGGUUCCCCAGACCCCCCACAAUUUGUCUAUGAUGAUAGUGAAUACAAAGAUGUCUUUGUCUCAGAGGCGAGCUUCAUUACUCGUGCAGCUAAUCAGUGGUAUACAGAACCUUUCACAAGGACUGCUUCUACCCCUGUGGAGCUUUCUGGGUCUGUUGAAUAGGCUAUCCUUUUGUGACAGGAAAAUGAUUUUAAGGGCAUAAUAAUAUAUUUGAUGUUCAAUUUUCUGCUCAUGAUAUCUUUUUAUCGCAGAUUAUUAUGUGAUGGAUUUUAUAGUGGUAGCAACAACUGCCACAAAAAGCCAAGGUGAAAAAUGAAGAAUGAGAGAGAGAAGCAAAAUACCACCACCACACCAUUCUCUAUCUAUUAUGCUAGCAAACAAAUUAGGUUUUUUUUUGACUAUAGGAUGUUUGGGUUUGCAUCGACUACUCCUUCGAGUUUAGCGAUUGGCUACCGUAACUUGAGCUGGGUCAAAGCAUGUCCCUAAAGGGACAAGGGUGACUAGUCCUUAGGGGGUAUGAGAAGGGAUUGAACUUGAGAAUUCUAGGUUACUAAAGGUCAGGUUCAACCACCAGAUAAGCAUUGAGAGACCUUUCUUCCAUUUUUUUCUUUCUUUUGGCCCCUUGGAUUUGAUUUUAUC